CGGCCAAUAGGCAGCAACUUCAGUGUCAGUGCAAAGUGAAAGUAGGUGGAUAGAAAGGGGGGAAAAAAACAACAAACGCACACGGAAGACGCAGACUUUAUCUCUUUACGUGUGUUAAAGAGCUGGCGUCGAAAUCAGUGCUUGCACACUAUGGCGCUGUGGGCGCAAAUGACCCCGCAGUUACAGUACCUGCCAACUCAGACAUUGAAUGAACUCUACCCAGACACAUUCCCUCUGGAUGUCAGACAUUAUCUGGCCAACUGGAUAGAGGAGCAGAGAUGGGAGAGCUUUGAUGUAGACAACAUGGAGCAGGAGCCUCAGGCUCGAAUGCUGUUGGAUCAGAUGGUGCAUUUGCUGCAGGAGGUGGCCCAACAAAACCCUAAUGUGGUGGAGAGGGUCAAACUACAACAUAUCAGCAAGAACUUGAGCGUGUUCCAGCCACAACCCAUGCUACUUGUGAGGACAGUUCGAGAUAUUCUACGGAAAGAAAGACACUUGUUAGCACAGACAGGAAUUGGCUUCCCACCCUUCCAGUCUAUGCCUAUGGGUCCUCCGGCUCCCAAUGGCACCCCACAACCUGUAAGGGAUGAUAGUAAGACUGAUGUGGACAAUCUUGUACUCAAAGUUUUGGAAAUUCAGAACUGCCGCCAAACGCUUCAUCAGCUACAAGAGGAUUUGAACUGGGAAAAACAGGAAACGGAGCCCAUGCAAGGUCAAAAUGAUAUGGAUCCACAUCAUCAGGAUCAAGUCACUAGACAAAAUCGCAUAAAGCAGCUUGAGUACAACUAUGCAAUUUGUGCAAAGAAGCGUGUGCAGCUCCUUCAAGAGGCCAUGUGCGCUCUAGAGCAGUGCCAGUCCUGUCUUAUUCUCAGAAUUAAGUCCUGGAGGUGGGAACAGCACCGAGCAACCAUUGGCGUGCACUUCGAUGACAACCUUGGCCCUCUGCAGACAUGGUGUGAGCAGUUGCUUGGAGUGAAUGGUAAUCUGAGGCAGGAGCUCAUGUUGGUGAAGAGGGACCAUGGAGCGGGUGAACAGUUUCAAACAUUGGAGGAAAACCUUGCAUGUCUGCUUCAGACUCUCGUACAGAAUUCAUUGGUAGUAGAUAAGCAACCUCCACAAGUAAUCAAAACCCAGUCUAAGUUUUCCACCACUGUACGCCAUCUGCUGGGAGAGAAGAUGGCACCUGGAAAACCAGUCGUAUUGAAAGCGCAGAUUAUUACUGAGGCGCAAGCAAGAAACCUGGGUCAAGGCAUCGUACCCAAUGAAAAUGUUGGAGAACUUAUCAACAGCACGGCCAUCUUAGAACACAACACCGCCAGCAAGAGCACAUGUGCUACCUUUAGAAACAUGUCCAUAAGGAAGAUCAAACGAGCUGACAGGAAGGGCUCAGAGUCAGUGACGGAGGAAAAGUUUGCUUUGUUGUUCACCACAGAAAUGACCAUCACAGGCUGUGAGAGCCCUUAUGGCAUUCAGACAAUCUCUCUUCCUGUGGUUGUAAUUGUACAUGGUAGUCAGGAAAUCAAUGCUAUGGCGACCAUCAUAUGGGACUGCGCCUUCUCAGAGCCUAACAGGAUACCGUUCGUCGUUCCGGACCGUGUGCCCUGGAAGCAGAUGUGUGAAGCUCUUAGCAGUAAGUUCAUGUCUGAGGUGCAAACGCAGCGGGGCUUGGACAGAUACAACCUUCACUUUCUCGCACAGAAGAUCUUUGACCAGCCAGACAUUUCUGAAGAUUUCAGCAAUAUGCCAGUGUCCUGGGCUCAAUUCAACAAGGAAGUUCUGCCUGGUCGAAACUUCACCUUCUGGCAGUGGUUUGAAGGGGUGAUGGAUCUUACAAAGAAAUGCCUGAGGGACUAUUGGAGUGAUGGAUUGAUCUUUGGCUUCAUUGGAAAACAGCAUCUCCAUGUCAUCCUGCAAAACAAGCCCAACGGCACCUUUCUUCUGCGCUUUAGUGACUCAGAACUUGGUGGCAUCACCAUCGCCUAUGUGGGUCCCACUGAUAACGGAGGCAGGAAAGUCCAGAAUAUCCAACCUUUCACCAAGAAGGAUCUGGACUCAGCUGGCCUUGGCGACCGCAUACGGGAUAUUAACUGCAUUACUUAUGUGUAUCCAGACUUAUCAAAGAAUGAAGUAUUUAAGAAAUUCUUUACAGUGCCUUCCCCGCCUAAUCCUGAUGGAUACCUGCCAUUCAAACUAACAACAGUAGUCAACCCAGGUGACCACUCCUCCACUCCCAGCAUACCACCUCAGACUGACCUUCCUCCGGAUUUCUAUAACCAAUCUAUUGACCCUGUCUAUGGAAACAUGAAUCAGAAUCGGUUCUCACCGCAUCCUAGUAAUUGUACACCUACAUAUAUGCCAGACCACAUGUCUGUUCCAGGACCAAUCUUCCAGUCAUCCAUGCCACCAGCUCCCUCAGAUGAACCCAUAGACAUGGAUGCACUGGAGGGAAUUUUGUCAUCAUUUUGAGGUACAGUCCCUCUGUUUUUGUUGGAAAAGGGCUAUAAGAUGGCUUGGGACCCCAAGGACUUCCAGCGCAACUCACUUGUCCUAAAAGGACACAUUACCCAUUUGUUUCAAAAAACAAGUAUAUCUGUAGGGAUGCACUUUUGCUAAAUUCAUAUCCAUGAAUCAAUGGACGGAGGGUGGCUUUGUUGGGCGGGGAAAUUAUCACAUGGAUUGUUCAACAGCUCAGCAUCACACUUGCUUCCUCUUGCAAAAACCACACUAAACAUGCAGUUUAAAGGACCCGUGUGUUUAACUGAAUAAUCAUAGGGAAUGUUUAAUAGCAACUUGUAUAAAAUUCUAUUCAAUUUCUGUGAAACGCAGGUGAAGUUUUGUCAAAAAGAGUCUUUGCGCAUUAGCUUGUAGUACCUAAACUGCUAAGUCAUUCCCAGUUUCGGUCUUAUGACUGCUUUUGAAAGCGUCAUUGUAACUGACAAGUGAAACAGGAAAUUGUUUGCUAUCAAGUGGUUGUAUUUCCAUUGUAUCAAGAUAGACCAAACAGGUUUAACUUAUGCAUUUUUGUAAGCCAGAUUUUUUUUUUUUUUGAUGCAGAUAAAAACAUUAUAUUUAACAUAUUUCAGUGUGGGAAUGUCACCAGAGUAGAUUAACCUAAAACGAAUAGCAUCACAGUGCUACUGAUUUUAUGAAACUAUAUGCAAUUAUUAGUUUUAAGCCAUUUUCCAUAUAAACAGUUUUUCAUUUGGCUGUUUUAUUUGCAUGAGUUGUUUGUGAUCGCAUAUUCAAUAUUCAGUAUUCAUACAGAUACGAUUCUACAGUCAGGUCUGGCCAGUAAAGCUAAAAUCACAGUUUUAUGAAUUGCAUAUCACUAGUGACUUUUACUUUACGCUGUAAUGUAUCAUUUGUUCCAUUAGUCACACAAUGCGAUCUAUAACUCAGUUUCGCAAACCUCUCGUUACAUCAUUUAUGAGUAUGAAUCAUGUAAAAUAUCUCGUGUGGACAAAAUAACAGUAAGUUUUCACAUCAAAUGUUGUCUCUACAUACUCUACAGUGUUCUGUGUGCACCUCUUCUGUAUUUAGUCCUUAGUGCUACAAGUCGUCAACUUUCUUAAAAUUUAAAUGUAAUAUACAUUGUUUCUUUUCCAUAAACUGUGAUUUUUUUUUUUACCUUUCAACAAUACUGUUCUAUACUGUGUAAAAUAUCAAUCUUUCAUCUUAGUGCUUUGAAUAGGAAAAUAUCAAAUGGGAUGUUUUUCAAAGGUGCCAUCAGUAACUAUCUGUAUGUAUUUAGUCCUUUUGGGGAAUACCAAAUCAUUUCAUUUCUAUUGUCUAUUCAGAUGUUCUUUCUGUAGCUUUAAUGGAUGAAUGUGCUAUAUAUACAUCUGCCUGAUAAUUGAUCCAGAAGAUCUCGUCAUAUUCCUAUUAAUGGCCAAAAAAGAGCAUAAAGCACUUAAUGCAUUUGUCAUUGAAAAAUGUAAAAGUUGCAGUUUUUCUCUUUUAAUACAUGUGACCAAAUAUGUAAAGCAGGUAUAUAAGAUUUUUUUAAAAGAAAUAUUCAAAUUUCCAUGUUUUAAAUCUGAUAAAUAAAGUCAAAAUGCCAUUCGA